AGCUUCAAGACAAUAAGGAGUAUUUUGUGAUGCAUGAUCUCUUGCAUGACUUGGCAAUAUUCCUUGCUGGAGAUUUCUAUUGUAGAAUAGAAGCACUUGGUGAACAUGAAGAAAAGAAGGUUCUCACUCGCCAUUUCUCAUAUUUCCCACCUGAAAGGUUACAUCGUCCAAUCUCAAAAGUCUUCAACUCCAAUGCAAAGUUGGAAUCUUUCAGGACAUCGUUGUAUAUCGAUGAUUUGUUCAGCAUGGAAAGUGUAGCAUCUAAGUUUAUAUGCUUGAGAGUUUUAUCCUUUCAUAAACUUGAUGUAUUACCUGAUUCAAUAGGUGAAUUGAUUCAUCUACGGUAUUUGAAUCUCUCUUCGACUGACAUUAACAGGUUGCCAGAAUCAUUGUGCAACUUGUAUAAUCUGCAAACAUUAAUAUUGUACAGAUGUACUGAGUUGACCAUGUUGCCCGUUAACAUGCACAAUCUUGUGAAUUUACGGCACCUUGAUCUUAGGAAAACUUCUUUGGAAGAAAUGCCUGGAGGAAUAAGCAAAAUGAAACACUUGCAUACCUUAAGUUCGUUUGUGGUGGGCAAGCAUGAAGAUAAUGGAAUCAAGGAAUUAGGAGGGCUCUCAAAUCUUCACGGAUCACUUGAGCUUAAGAAGUUGGAGAAUAUUGUGGACGUGAAAGAAGCAGAGAAUGCAAGGAUGACAAACAAGAAUCUCAUCAACGAAUUAUACUUGGAGUGGUCUUCAGGUGAUGAUAUGGUUCCGAACACAAAAGCCGAAAGAGAUAUACUUGACAGCUUGCAACCUCACAACAGCUUGAAAGAGUUGAGAAUCAAGGGAUACAAGGGUACAAUAUUUCCAGAUUGGUUGGGACACUGUUCUUACAACAAUAUGACAAGUGUAUCUCUAGAGUCUUGCAACAAUUGCUGCAUGCUACCUUCACUUGGACAGUUGCCAUAUCUUAAGGCCCUGCGCAUUCAAGGUUUUGAUCAGCUGAAGUGUGUUGGCAUGGAGUUUUACAAGGGUAUUGGUGACCCUUCUUUGCAUAUUGCUCCUCCUUUUCCCUUGUUGGAGAGUUUGGAAUUUGAUAACAUGCCAUGUUGGGAGGAGUGGCACUUACCUGACUCAAAAGCUUUUCCUCAGCUUAAGAGUCUUCAAAUAAUAGAUUGUCCAAUGUUAAAGGGAGAUACGCUUCAUCGGGUAUUGAUGAGAAUUGUUUCUUCUUCAUCGGAUGCUUUGAAAGUUCGCAAGCUAGUUAUCCAAUCUGAAGCAGCAGGGUUUGCAGAUAUGUCACUUAAUGGGGAUAGAUUAUCAAUUAGGGGAAGUGAAUCUGUGGUGGAGUCUGCAUUUAACGAAAUGAUCAGCAUUAAGCAUCUACCCUCCCUCCAAGAAGUAGAAAUUAUCGGGUGUUCGUUUGCUGUGUCCUGGCCGAACAAUUGUUUACUACCCAAAUCUUUGCAAAAGCUCACAAUCACGGACUGCAGCAAAGUGGAAUUCCCGCAGCACAAGUACGAUUUGGUAGAGCUACUAAUACACAGCUGUCAUUCACUGACCUCCUUGUCGUUGGAUGUCUUUCCCAAUCUCAAGAAUCUCGAUAUAACAGUGUGUUCAAAUCUGGAAUCAGUGUCAAUGUCAGAGGCACCACACGCUGCUCUUCAACGUCUCUCCAUUAGAUUCUGCGACAAAUUAGUGUCAUUAGCAGGAGAAGGACUGGCUGCACCCAACUUGACUCAUCUCAAGAUAAUAGGGUGCUCAAAGUUGGAGGCAUUACCACGUGACAUGAAGAGUAUACUCCCAAGUCUACAGUCUCUCAACAUACAAAGCUGCCCAAAUAUUUGCAGGUUGCCAGAGGGUGGUUUGCCGCCUAACUUGAAAUCACUUGUAGUGCGAAUUUGCGAGCAACAAACAAGGGAUCUAUCAUGGAUGGCCAACUUGGACGCCCUCACUCAUCUUGCCAUUGAUGGUUAUAACUGUAAGAACAUAAAGUCAUACCCAGAGGUGGGUUCGCUGCCUCACCUUCCUUCCCUUACCACUCUUUAUAUAUGGUGGUUCGAUAAUCUGGAGACAUUGGAGUGCAACGAGCUUCUCCGCCUCACCUCCCUUCAACAAUUAAGCAUUUCAUUCUGCCAGAAGCUGGAGAAUAUGGAAGGAGAAAAGCUGCCUCCCUCUCUCUUGCUACUCCAAAUUGAAGGGUGUCGUUUGCUGGGAGGAUUAUGCAAGAAUAAGCAUCAACAAAUUUGGUCCAAAAUUUCCCACAUCCCCAACAUUAAAUUUUCUGAAUAGAGAUUUCUGAGCAGGUUCUGGUCAUUUUCCUCUGUGUGAGGCCCAAGCCAAAACUUUCUGAAGUGUCUCUACAUUCCCGUUAGUGUAUGAACCUAAUCAGAUUUGGAUUAACUUGAGUGGACACAACCAAUUGAGCAAAGAGAA